AUGGUAAACAGGCUUCAGAUUGAUAGACUGCGUAGCUUCAGAAGCCUGAGAUUGCUCUAUUGGGUUGCAGUCUUAAGUAUAACUGCAAUUCUGUUUCAGUUCCUGAUACUCCCUUUUGGAAGCUUUAACUCCACUCCAUCAUCACAUGUAAAUAUCACCAGCAUCCUGUUUAUGACAGUGAGCGAUACCGAGCUUAAAAGCAAUAACUCGCAAUCGGCCCGUGUUGACAUUCUUCAUGAAUUUGCUGAUUCUGAUUCGGAUGAAGCAGAUUGGUCAGAAGAUGAGAAGCAGCUUCCUAAUGAUAAUGGAGAAAUUGAAUCUGUUUUCACAGAGUGGAGAAGGGAUUUUAAGGAAAAUGUUAAUGGUGUGAUCACACUUGAUGCAAAUGCAAAUUGGAACAAAGAAGAAUCCACCAGUGAAGUCGAAAACAGGACUGAAGCAUUGGAUUCAUCAGUACCCUUUGAGGACUUACUUCAUCCUGGUUUAGUUUCACAAAACAGCAGCUCAGCAAUGGUUGGUAAAACAGGAUUGAAUAAGGGCUCCAAUGUGAUGACACCAAUCUCUUAUAUGAAAACAGUAUUGCUUCAGAUCUCUCCUUCUGCAAAUUCAAAGAGGCCGCGACAGCUUUCUGCUCGCGAUAAGGAACUUCUGAAAGCAAGACAUCAGAUAAAAAAUGCUCCUGUCAUAAGAAAUGUUCCCAAGGAUUACGCUUCUCUUUUCCGAAAUUAUUCAACCUUCAUAAGAAGUUAUGAAUUAAUGGAAAGGAUGAUGAGAGUAUACAUUUACAAAGAAGGGCAGAAACCAGUAUUUCAUGACCCUCAUCUCAAAGGAGUUUAUGCUUCUGAAGGGUGGUUCAUGAAGCUGAUGGAAAAAAACAGGCAAUAUGUUGCUCGUGAUCCCAGAAAAGCGCAUUUGUUUUAUCUUCCAUUUAGUUCACGGAGGCUAAGGAGCAUGCUUUACGAACAAAAUUUUGCUACUCCCAGGGAUUUGGAUAAUCAUCUCAAGGACUAUGUUCAAAUCAUUGCGACAAAGUACCGGUUCUGGAACAGAACCAAAGGGGCUGAUCAUUUUCUGGUUGCUUGCCAUGAUUGGGCUCUAAGCUUCACAAACGAAAGCAUGGGAAGCUGCAUCAGAGCCGUUUGCAAUACCAAUCUCGCGAAAGGUUUCCAAAUAAGGAAAGAUGUAGCCCUGCCAGUGACCAUGGUUCCUCUUAAAUCAGGAAAUCCUCUGGAAGAUAUUGGAGGUAGUCACCCUUCAGAUAGGCAUAUUUUAGCUUUCUUUUCAGGAAGUAUGCACGGUGAUCUUCGCCCAAUCUUGCUUAAGCAUUGGAGCAACAAAACGUCAGAUAUGAAGAUUCUCGGGCCAUUAGGUCACAAUGUCACAAAUGCAGCUAGAUAUAGAGCUUUCAUGAAAACCAGCAAGUACUGCAUUUGUGCCAGGGGUUACGAUGUGCAUACUCCACGGGUGAUCGAAUCCAUAUAUUUUGAAUGCGUUCCAGUGAUCAUAUCAGAUAAUUACGUGCCUCCUUUGUUUGAUGUCUUUGAAUGGGAAUCAUUUGCAGUAUUUGUGUUAGAAGAAGAUAUUCCGAACUUGAGGAACAUACUUCUGUCGAUACCGGAAAGCAAGUACAUUGAGAUGCAGAAUAGGGUAAAGUUGGUGCAACGACAUUUUCUUUGGCACAAAGUUCCUGUUAAGUACGAUGUAUUUCAUAUGAUUCUCCAUUCCAUUUGGUACAGAAGGGUUUUCCAAGUGAAAAUCUAAAUGAGGAAGUUAACUUUGUAAAGGUUCCACAAAUGUAAAUCUUGUGAUAACUGAUCAGAUGCAAUCUCUUGAUUGGUUCUAGAAAAGCACACUCA